ACUGUUCCUUUGCUAAGCAGCAGGCAGUUCUGCUUGGCAGCUUCAGUUGAUAGCUGUGCCUCAGCGGGAGAGGAUGAGCAGAAAGCAGCCACUAACACAUACACCUGUACUGUAACUUCACAGUCAGGAGACACCAUCAAAGGGCUAGUAAUCAGUCCUUACAGCCUCUGGUUGAAAGACCAUUCUCACCAAGACUAAGUGUGACAGGCCUCUAUAAAGACAAAGUAAAGAAAAGCAUGCCAGUACAUGCAGUGUGACUUUUUGAAAAUCCGUGCAUUGAUUAGUCUCCUCUGAGAUUACACAAUGGGUCUUCAUAAAACCGCUAACGGGGACAUCCUUGAGAGCUGCUGUUUACGGAAAAAACUCUUUGUACAUGGCCAGAAGCAACCGUUUGUCCUUAAGAGACUGAGGCUUAUUCGUAUACUGGGACUUCUCAUAAGCAUAACAGCCGUUAGCACAUUGUCCGUUGCAUUUAGUGCCUUCUUUAAGAUAGAACCAUUAGACAAUGACAUGACUCAUGUUUCAGAUGACCACACUCUGCUGCACAGGUAUCAAAGAACUCUAAUGGACAUCACAGAACUAAACCAGAAUGAUACACCCGAUUCUUCUGUUUCAAUAAACAAUAAAACCAAGAACAAUAAAAGUGAGGCCCGUCUAUCCAAGGGUGAAUACCCAGAAGAUAUUUUUUCCUUAGAAGACAGAAAAAGGGGUGCUGUGGUGCUCCAUAUAUUUGGAAUGAUUUACAUGUUCAUAGCACUGGCUGUGGUCUGUGAUGAAUUCUUUGUUCCCUCCCUAACUGUUAUCACCGAAAAACUUGUCAUUUCUGAUGAUGUGGCUGGAGCCACCUUUAUGGCAGCAGGCGGCUCGGCCCCAGAGCUAUUCACUUCACUGAUAGGAGUAUUUAUAUCUCAUAGCAAUGUUGGUAUUGGGACCAUUGUUGGAUCAGCAGUAUUCAAUAUCCUUUUUGUUAUUGGCAUGUGUGCUUUAUUCUCCAAAGAGGUUUUAAAUCUCACCUGGUGGCCGCUGUUUCGGGACGUAUCAUUUUACAUACUGGGCUUGAUUAUGCUCAUCUGUUUUUUCUUGGACAACUGGAUCCAGUGGUGGGAGAGCCUGUUGUUGUUGAUGGCGUACUUAACAUACGUGACCUUCAUGAAGUACAAUGUUCAAGUGGAAUCUUUGGUGAAAAGGAAUCUGAACAGGAACAAAGUUGUUAAGGUAUCAUCAGCUAAUUCUGAUGGAAAGGAUCAUAGGGAGCAACCCAACAUUCUGGUACUUCAUGAGGAGUCGAGGGCUCCACAGGAAUACGAGGGAGUGGCAAUGGACAUUCGACAUGGAGAUUUAAAUGAGACUGCUGGAUUAAAAGAGACUUGGACUGAAACAGUUACAUCUCCAAGCAAGACAAGACCCCGUCUCCAAAGAGGAGGAAGCUCAGCAUCGUUGCACAACAGUCUAAUGAGGAACAGUAUCUUCCAGCUAAUGAUACAUACACUUGAUCCUCUUUCUGAAGAGCUUGGAACAUAUGGAAAACUAAAAUAUUAUGACACUAUGACUGAAGAAGGCAAAUUCAGAGAGAAGGCAUCAAUCCUACAUAAAAUGGCUAAAAAGAAAUGCCAGGUUGAUGAUAGUGAAAGGCUAAAUGGUGCCGCCAGCUAUGUUGAGAAGGUUGAUCUCCCAAAUAGUGCUAACGUUGAGGUUGAAGUGACUGCACCCAAAGAAUCGGUUGCACCUGUACAAAAUGGAAAUGUCUCUCACAAUAUCGAGGCUACAGAAACACAGCUGGCUGAAGCAGAGCUUACAGAUGAAGAGGAUCACCCCCUCACCCUGUCAUGGCCCACAAACAGGCGCAAGAGGGCUGUGUAUCUUGCAGUACUACCAAUCAUAUUCCCGUUGUGGAUAACUUUGCCAGAUGUCCGCAAUCCAUCUUCCAGGAAGUUUUUUCCAAUAACAUUUUUUGGAUCAAUUACUUGGAUUGCGAUUUUCUCUUACUUAAUGGUCUGGUGGGCCCAUCAGGUAGGAGAGACUAUUGGAAUUACUGAAGAAAUUAUGGGACUAACUAUACUAGCUGCUGGCACCUCUAUUCCUGACCUUAUAACUAGUGUUAUCGUUGCGCGCAAAGGCCUGGGAGAUAUGGCAGUAUCCAGCUCCGUAGGAAGCAAUAUAUUUGACAUCACGGUGGGGCUGCCCAUGCCUUGGCUCCUCUUCUCAAUCUGUCACAAUAUGAAGCCCGUAGCAGUUAGUAGCAACGGUUUGUUCUGCGCCAUCAUACUCCUUUUCAUCAUGCUUAUUUUUGUCAUCAUUUCAAUCGCCUUUUGCAAGUGGAAAAUGAACAAGAUACUGGGAUGCACAAUGUUUGGCCUGUACUUUGUUUUCCUUGUAAUCAGCGUUCUCCUCGAAAACCGUAUCAUAAAGUGUCCUGCAACUGUCUAGACUUGGAUUAUGGAGAAUUGUGAACCUGAAGCUCUGGAAGACAAAGGUUUACACAAAGCAGUCUCUGCCUAUCUAGGAAUCGAGAUGGAUGAUUAUUUAAGCAGCUGCAACUUGCAUCACGAAGUACCAGUGCGUCAAUGCUUAUAAGAUCAAUUUGUAGCUCAUUUACGGAAGAUUGUAAAGACUAUACAACCUAUUAUUGUACAUUUUCUAAUGCACGUUGUGUUUCUCUAUUACUCUCUUUCAAUAUAAUCUAUAUAAACAUGCAGGGUAUAUUUAACAAACAAGAGACACUAGCUAAAGUGGUACCUAAUUGUAGAAGCCAACACUGGCUCCGUUGGGACUCCUAUGUAUCUGUUAGCCAUGAAUAGAGUGACCUUAUAGUUCCUUCACCAAGGUAGUAUUCAACACUUCUUCACCGCUAGUCUAGAAGAGAGGGGGUGUUGUGGGGUUUGGAACAUGAAGAAUUUAAAGCCACUAUGUAGCAUAGAACACCAGUUGUGAAAAUAAGUACAAUGAAGCUGUGUCAAACUGGUUUCUGGUUUUGAUGUGUAAAAGAGAAGUUUUGGGUUUCCUAUUCUAUGUGGCAUGGUACCCUAUGUAUAUUUAUCAAUCACAGUAUUGAAGCAAUACAGAAUCAGAAAAUGAUGAAUCCUAAUUCACAAUAAGUCACAUUCACAUCCUUGUAACUCAUGACCAAGCAGGUAAAAACAAAGUAAGUAUAACAAGCUUUUGAUCAUGAACUUAGUCCCAGUCAUGUAAUAAAACCUUAACUUCACAGUAAGCAUAGCUGUGUGGGUUGCAAGACUGGAAGAUUAUUAAUGGAUCAAUAAACUGAUUAAUGGAAUAAAAA